CGGACUCGGAUCGAAAAGAAACGGACCCAACUCGGGUCGUCAAGUCUCGCUGUAAAAAUAAUAGAAAGCCCAUCCAAAGUGCGCUCGCCAUAUGGUAGGCCUCUCUCGCCCAACCACCCUUCGUAUAACCACCGCCACCGCCACUGGGUUUUCCGAUCUCCAUUGGCGUCUCUCUCACCAUGAUGUGCUUAUAAGACUUGUUCCCGUUCGCAGUAUUUAUCAUGACUCUCCGAGGUCAGAGAGAUAUCGAGGUGGGGCUGGCAUCGGCCUCGGCGCCGAACCUUGCCUACCUGGCCGAUCGACUUUCUCCUUCUCCGUCUUCGUCGCAGAGGACGGCUCCGACGCCGGCGAUGUUUGUUUCGGCUUCCAGCAAGGCCUUGGUGAUUUCGAACUCCGGGAAGCGGAUGGAUCAGUCGAGUUCCGGUAAGAGGAUGGAUCAGCCUAAUUCGGCCAGGAAGAAGUAUGUCAAGCAGGUGACUGGCCGGCACAAUGACACCGAGCUCCACUUGGCGGCGCAGCGGGGGGAUGCGGCGGCGGUAAGUCAUAUUUUGGCCGAGAUUGAUGCGCAGAUGUUGAAGACGCUCAGCGGAGCGGAUUUCGACGCCGAGGUGGCGGAGAUACGGGCCGCAAUCGUAAACGAGGUGAAUGAGCUUGGCGAGACCGCGCUGUUUACAGCCGCCGAGAAAGGACAUGUCGACGUCGUGAAGGCGCUCUUACCGUACUCUACCAAGGAAGGCCUCACGGCGAAGAACCGCUCGGGCUUAGAUUCGCUGCAUGUGGCCGCGACUCAAGGUCACCAAGCCAUUGUCAAGAUACUACUAGACCAUGACCCAGGGCUAUCCAAAACAAUUGGUCAAUCGAAUGCAACUCCUCUUGUAUCUGCUGCUUCAAGAGGGCAUUUAGCUGUUGUGAAUGAGUUACUGUCAAAAGAUUCCAACUUGCUAGAGAUAUCUAGAUCCAAUGGAAAGAACGCGUUACAUUUAUCAGCCAGGCAAGGGCAUGUGGAUAUUGUGAAAGCAUUGCUUGAUAAGGAUCCACAAUUAGCAAGAAGAACUGAUAAGAAAGGACAGACUGCCUUGCAUAUGGCAGUAAAAGGGGUUAGUUGCCAAGUGGUGAAGUUACUUCUUCAGGCAGAUCCAGCCAUUGUGAUGCUCCCAGAUAAAUUUGGUAACACGGCAUUACAUGUGGCCACCAGGAAGAAGCGCUCAGAGAUAGUGAGUGUGUUGUUACUCCUGCGUGACACCAAUGUAAAUGCGCUAACCAGAGACCACAAAACAGCCCUUGACAUUGCAGAAGGACUUCCUCUGUCUUUAGAAACGUCAGAAAUAAAGGAGUUUUUGUCACAACACGGUGCUGUCAGAGCAAAUGAACUGAACCAGCCAAGGGAUGAGCUCAGAAAAACUGUUACAGAAAUCAAGCAUGAUGUCCACACUCAGCUUGAACAAGCUCGGAAAACCAACAGGAACAUGAAUGGUAUUGCAAAGGAGCUCCGGAAGCUCCACAGGGAAGGAAUCAAUAAUGCUACUAACUCUGUGACCGUGGUGGCCGUUCUCUUUGCCACAGUGGCAUUUGCCGCUAUUUUUACGGUUCCUGGAGGUGAUGACGACAGUGGAACUGCUGUGAUGGUGGGCAGUGUGUCUUUCAAAAUUUUCUUCAUCGCCAACGCUGUUGCACUCUUCACAUCGUUGGCUGUUGUGGUGGUGCAGAUCACAGUUGUCAGGGGGGAAAUAAAAUCCGAGAGGAGGGUUGUGGAAGUGAUCAAUAAGUUGAUGUGGUUGGCCUCUGUUUGCACUACACUGGCAUUUAUAGCUUCAUCUUAUAUUGUGGUUGGCCGGCAUCAUAAGUGGGCUGCAAUUUUUGUUACGUGUGUAGGCGGAGUUAUAAUGGCAGGCGUGCUUGGGGCUAUGACUUAUUAUGUGGUAAAGUCCAAAAGGAAAAGGAAGGUAAGGAAGAAAGAGAAGUUUUCGCAGAGUGGAACCCACUCCUUUCGUCACUCAGAUUUUUCAGACUCAGAAGUAAAUCCAAUUUAUGCCAUUUGAUGUCAACCCUUACAUUUUCUUCCUUUCUUCUGAAAUAACAAAAAAAUCAGAAGAAGUGGUGCAGUUUAUCUGUAAUAGGUUCUUUGUUAAAUGCUUUAUCUUCCAAACAAGAUCUUGCAAAUGGAUGGAUUUCCUGGAACUGAAUGAAUAUUUUGUGUUAAUGAAA